AGCACCCUGAACGGAGGUUUACCGCCGCCGGGUGGCCACGGCAGCUCACCUGUUGGGACCGAGUGGACAUAUUCACCCAAACCAAAGUGUUGGUGGGAGACAUUUACACCCUGAACCCUCAUCUCUGCAGCUUUUUCUGAACAGAAGAAAAGAGGAACUUUUUCUUUUACUUCACACCUGUAUGCUGUGCAGAGACGCAGCAUGGACUUCACUUACCUUUGGUUCCUCGCCACGACUCUGAUACUGAUCCAGCAGCAUCAAGCCUCUGUUAGGAGCCCCGUGGUGGAGGAGGGCCCCCUGGCGCAGCUCACCCACACGGCCCACCGGCGGGAGAAACGCUGCUCCUGCGAGAACCAGAAAGACAAGGAGUGUAUUUUCUUCUGUCACAUUGGCAUCGUCUGGGUCAACACCCCAAGCCACGUGGUGCCUUACGGCUUCGGCUCAGUGCGACUCCGGAGGGAGCUCCACCGCUGCCUCUGCACGAACUCCCAGGAUGCCGAGUGUUUGAGCUUCUGCUCUGCCGACAUGCAGCCACAAGAGGAGAACACUGUUGUGAAAAAGAAGACUGACAAACUGAAGAGGUACAGAGCUGCAUUCUGGGAAAAAAGGAGCAGACACGCCCUCAGAAGGCAGACCUGAGAGCGAGAGGGUGCACCAGUAACACCACGAACACCAGCUCUUCAGAACAGAGUCCUUAAUGUAUCAGAAAUAUCAAAUAUUGGACCUUUAUGAUUGUGCGGCUGCCUGUCGGCGGCUUGUGUGUUUAUGUAAAUGUGAUGGCGGCGUGUUGGGAAGGCGCGUUGACCACUGACAAGUUUUUAAUAUUUUAAUGUCUUCAUCCACAGCAGCAGGAGCUCAGAUGCUUCCAGAGUUCAAUCUGUGACCUUUGUGUUGAUCUCAGCUGAUUUGCAGCUCUGAGGGACAAAAAAGUAAAGUUCCCCACCCGAGCAAGAAAAACAUGGCACAGCUGGAGUCCGCUGAAAACCUCACAUCUGCAAAUCCUCUGAAGCUUCCAAGUUCUGCAUGAAAACUUUUCGAAGUGAAGUGUGUUCUCAUACGAUUCAAUCUGACUCCCGAUCCGACAGACGAGAAGCAAAAAUCCACCACAAAACUUAAAACAACCCUCUACGGUGAAACAAAAGGAUCAAAAUUCAGGCUGUUGAGGAACCAGUGGAGCUCAUUUUUCUGCUGAAGCCUUUUUUUUUUAUCUGAACAAGAACAAGCUGUUCAGCAGUCUAAAUUUAGUCCCUGUUGCUGCACCGUAGCAGAAUGCCACAGAGAGGAAAACAAAACUGACCUUUCAGAAUAAAACAGCUGUAUUCUAACUCAGGGGUGUCCAGCUCCGGUCCUCAAGGGCCACAAUCCUGCAGGUUUUCGAUGUUCCCCUGCUCCAAAAAGCCCUGACUCAAAUUACUGAGUCAUUGUAAAAAAACUUGACAGGCUGUUGGAUCUAUUUAAUUUGAGUCAGUUGUGUUGAAGCAGGAAACAUUGAAAACCUGCAGGAUAGCGGCCCUCGAGGACCGACUUUGGACACCCUUGGUCUAACUUGAGAUGGCUGAACGGUGGCGCCUGUCCAAGUUUCCAAAAGAAAGAAAACGUUGCCUUCAGGUACUUUAGAAUUAUAUGAUAUUCUGUACAGCUUCAUUUUGACAUGCAGAUGUCUUUUAAAUUCUACUUUAUUUUUUGCAAUAUUUCAAACUUUUUUAAGAUUACAGCUUCAUCUUAAAUAUACUGUAGACUAAAGGAGGUUUCAGUUUCAGUUCACGGUGCAGAAUAUUUGUGAUAAUUAUGAUAAUUGGAAAAAUCAUAAUUAUUUCUUUGAUAAUUGUACCUAAAUCAGGGGUGUCCAAAGUCAGCCCUCGAGGACCGCUGUCCUGCAGGUUUUCAAUGUUUCCUGCUUCAGUACAAAUUAAAUAGAUCCAGCAGCCUGUCAAGCUUUGCACAAUGACUCAGUAAUUUGAGUCAGGUGGUUUUGGAGCAGGGACACAUCGAAAACCUGCAGGGUUAUGGUCCUUGAGGACCGGAGUUGGGCACCCCUGACCUAGAUAAUCUGUAAAUGACCUCCAUAGUUGGAACAAUGCUCUGCGGCUGUGACUUUUACACUGUCUGUUUAUUUAGCUUUAAAGUGGUGUCACAUUUGUAAGGAAAAUAUCAUGAUCUGUGGGAUUUUGUUGGAUUUACUGUUGCCUAAGUCGGAGGUCUGGUUUCCUGUUUUAUUUUGUAGUUCAUCCUCUUCUGUAGUACUUUCUGUUUUACUUCCUGUUCUCCACACACCUGGUGUCAUAUGCUGUUUUGCCUCACCUGUUCCUCAUUUAGGUUGUUCUCCUCAGUGUAUAUUUACCACGUUGGUUUCUUCGGUUCAUUGCCAGAUCGUCAUGUUGUCCCUGGAAGACUGUUUUAGUUUUCCAGCCCUCUCGCCAUCAGUUAUUAUGAAUAAACCUUUAUUCCUGCACUUGUCUGAUACAAUCUGUACAUGAACAAGAAGUUCCUUUAACAACCACAAAAAGCAGGAAAUGAAGUGGCUGCUGCAGGACAGACCUCCUGCAUUGUUCAGUAACAUAUUAAAUUAAUAACGCUGUCAAAUGAAUGCUCUUUUCAUUAAAGAAACAUCAGGAACCUAAUGGAAUAUGAAAUUAAACAUAAAAUAUAAGUGCUGCGUAUCCCACAAAUGCAUUUUCCUCAUGAAUGUGACUAAACUUAAAAGGAAAAUAAACAAAAUUUCCAAAGGUAUUAGAUCUAUUGUCAAGAAGCAUCGUUACAGUAAAGAAAUAAUCCAACAAUCCUUACUUUUUCUGCAGAGUUCAUAUAUAUAAAUAUAUACCUUUUCUUUCUGAAUUUACAUUAUUUUUCUCCCUGAAAUAUCAGAUUUGUUUCUCCCUGUUUGUGGUUUAUUUUCUCCAAAUGUAAAAUGUGAAUUUAGGGCUUUUUGUAUUGACUGGCUGCUGUUUGGUGAACAUGUGUACUCAUACUAACUUUAGCUUAGCUUGUAUUUGUUAAACAGAAGUAUAUCAUGAUUUAACCGUCUAUUGGAAUGAAGACACAGUUCGAGAGAAGCUGUAAAAGCGUCCGUACAGUCCGAUCAGCCGUGAUUAGAUUUUGGUGAUCAUGAUGAGAAAUUAGACUUUUCGCUUGCAGUUGUCAAGUGAAUGUGAAUUUUUAUAAAUCUGUGUGUAAAGAAAGUCUGUUGUUGCUUUGCAGAAAUGUUUUGUGUUUUCCCAGGAAUGCAUGUGACAACACCAGCUACCACGUUGCUGUCCAUCUAUAUUUAUACCUGUUCGCACCUUCACUUCUUCGUCCAGCAUGUCUGUGAGAAAUGAUGCACACAGAGAUGGGACCGUCAGAAAAAGUAUUUAUUUCCUGUUUAAUCCUCUGCUGCACAUAUGAAGUAUAACCAAAAGAAAUAUUUAAGUAGGUGAGCCUUUGUAACUAUAAUCCUUAUCAGGAUAACUCACUCUGGUGGUGGUUGUGAACUCUGAGAAGAUCAAACUGACCAUGAAAAGGUGGCAUGAUUUAUAACAACCACUGUUGGUUUCUUCAACAGAACAUGUGAUGUCGCUUUGUAUCCUCCACCUGAGUUAAGGUGGAAAAACUCUUCAAAUCCAAAAUAAUA